AUGUCUCUCCUGAGGAAAAUCGCCUCGAAAAGGCUGUUAUCACCUGUUGCGGGCGCCCGGAGGAGCGCCUUCCAGCGCGGCAACGCCACCGGUAUCAGAAACGGGAUAGUGAGUUCCGGGCUGGAGGACGUCGUCGUGCCCGAAAUACCGAUAGUCGAUUACGUUUUCGAAAAUAUCGGGAAGUGGGAGCACUUGGUUGCGGCUGAAUGCGGAGUAACGGGAAGAAAGUACACGUACGGCCAGGUCAGGACAAAAACGAAAAAUUUCGGAGCGGCUUUAAGGAGGAAAUUCAAAUUGGAAAAAGGCGAUGUUGUGGCGAUUGUGUUGCCGAAUGUACCGGAAUUCCCUAUAGUUACUCUGGGAGCCUUAAGGGCUGGACUCAUUUGCACUACAGUCAACCCAAUAUACACUCCAGAUGAGGUUUCGCGACAACUAACCGAUUCAUCAGCAAAGGUUAUAAUAACUCUCAACGAACUAUGGCCAUUGGCAAACGCAGCAGCGAAUUUAGCCAAGAAAAAUAUACCAAUUAUCACCAUAAAUUCGCAAGUGAACCAGGCGACUCCACAAGGAGCGGCCAAUUUUUCCGAGCUGGCCGAUGCAGAUAACGAUAUUCCUGCAACUUCGAUUUCAUCAGAAGACUUGGCUUUUCUACCUUACUCCAGCGGCACUACUGGGUUACCCAAAGGGGUGCAAUUGACCCACGCCAAUAUCGUCACUAAUUCGGUACAAAUCGACCAUCCGGAGGUGAAAUUCAGCCUGACUUCGACCCCCGAUCACCAGGAUAUUUGCAACGGGGUGCUGCCUUUGUUCCACAUAUACGGUUUCACCGUGCUGUGCAUGUUCCAAUUAAGGAUUGGCGCCAGGCUGAUUACGCUGCCUAAAUUUACCCCGGAGUAUUAUGUGGGUAGCCUGAAGAAACACAAACCGCAUAUGUUAUACGUAGCGCCACCUAUAGCUAUAUUUUUAUCAAAAUUUCCGCACCUAACCAGCGAGGAUUUCGCCAGCGUUAGAGGCAUAGUAAACGGAGCAGCUUCACUAGGACCACUAGAUUCGCAAAAACUUAUAGAAAAAAUUAAAAGAGACGUCCCAAUUUUGCAAGGCUACGGUUUGACGGAAACCUCUCCGGCGGUGUCCACAACGCGCCUCAACGACUACAACAAACCCGAGUGCAUAGGCUCCAUUGGGCGGCCGGUGCCCAACACUGUGGUCAAAAUAGUCAACCCCGACGACCCCGCAGGCGGAGCCCUGGGCCCCAACGAGCUGGGAGAACUGCUGGUGAAAGGGCCGCAAGUGAUGAAGGGCUACUUCCACCGGCCCGAGGAAAACGAAAAGGCUUUCGCCGACGGUUGGUUCAGAACCGGAGACAUGAUGUACUACAACGAACAAGGUUUCCUCUUCGUCAAAGACAGGUUAAAGGAACUGAUAAAAGUGAAGGGUUUCCAGGUGGCGCCGGCGGAGCUGGAGGAGAUCAUCAGGGACUUCCCCGACGUGAUAGACGCCGCGGUGAUCGGUAUACCGCACGAGGCGUACGGGGAAUGUCCGAGGGCGUACGUGGUUCCGAGGCCCAAUACUAAAAUCGACGUGCAAAAACUCAACGAUUACGUGAACAGUAAAGUGGCCAAUUACAAGCAGCUGAAGGGCGGCGUGAACGUGGUGGAGAGCAUACCGAAAAAUCCUAGCGGGAAAAUUUUAAGGAGGCAGUUGAAGUUGAUGUACGAGAAGGAGAAGAAAUGA